AUGAAUGCUCAACAGGGUGACACUUUUGCUUUAGAUAUUCCAGACGUUUAUAGGGUUUAUGGCGGAGGCUCAGAUUCUUCAAGUUUCACCAUAAGUUCUGCUUCUGGAUCCCAAUUGGCAACCUGUUCCGUGUUCUCUGGAUUGUCAUUAACUACUGAUUCAAGAGUGGAAUGUACAAUCACAAAUUCUAACAUCAACCAGAUGGCAUCGGUAGCCAACGUUUCUGGUUCUGUUACACUUCCUUUUAUCUUUUCCGUCGGUGGUUCUGACUUUAAUGCAGAUUUGGAUGCUGCGCAAGUAUACACCACUGGCACAAACACAGUUACUUGGGGUGGUCUGACGGCAACAGCUUCCUUUGCUGCUGGCCCCACAUAUACCCCUAAUCUUGCCAAUGGCUAUGAUUCAUCCAGCGAUCCCAACUACUACGUGCGUACUUCGGUAAACAACCAAAUCCAAAACUAUUUCGUUGGUUCCCAGUGUUCUUCAGGUUCAAUCACGGCGGAAGAUAUCAGGAUUCAGUUUGCAGGGUUUUCUAGAGGUGAUGCCGCUACUGGUGAAUUGGUUUCAUGUUCCAACGUUGAAUUGAAAAUGUCAAACAGGUUCAAUAGGUGGAUGAUGCCAGAGACUGCUGAGGAUGUUCCUUCCUCUGUUACUUAUACGUGUGAAAACAAUGUAGUUACAAUUAAUGCAAGAAGUUUGCCAGCCGGCUAUCGGGUUUUUUUAAAUGGAUUCCAGCGGCCAUCAAAUUCUGGAAAUCCUAUUUCCAUUUUAAACAGAUAUUCCGACAAUGUUACUUGUUCUGACGGUACAACGGUAAAUAAAGCCUUUUCGAUUAACACACAACUGCAGCUCGCUGCUGCUUCUGGUGUCUAUGUGCCAUUUGAAAUCACCACGCGUUCUUAUCAAGGAGAUGUUACCACAGUUACUACGGAAGUACUUGCAGGGACAGAAAACAUUGUUGUCUUAAUUCCAACACCAAGAACUACAAUUACAAGGACGUAUUCAGGCAAUUCUGUAAGAACAACAACUUUGGAGCACGCUACAGACGCUACUUUCAUAACAGUAGAGGUUGAUCUCCCAACAAGAACUAGAACAACCACUAUUCCGUGGACCGGAACCGUAACAAGUAGUACGUUAAUCACAUCAGGCAUUACUUUUACUGAGGUUAUAAAUGUACCAGUCAGGAGGACAACAGUAUCUCACAUCUGGAAUUCUCCAACUCACUCCACUACUACUGAUUCCUUCAACGCAGCCUCUGAUACAGUUCUGACGGUUGAAAUUUGGCAGCCUUCCAGUACCACAACUACUUCAACCACAUUUUAUGACGGAACAGUUGAAACAUUUACCACUAUCCCAUACAGCGAGGCUGAUCAAACAGUAACGGUUGUGGAUAGGAGACCAUAUCCAAGACAAUCAACAUUUGUGGCAACCACUGGUACCAACUUCUUGAGCACUAGCCCUUUAACUGAUUCUUCUGGUUCAACUACUGGUCUUGAAAUCUACAGAUAUGGUACUGUUACUACCAGGACCUCAACUUAUGUGUGGAGUAGCGAGACUUCUUCCUCAACAACACUGCUACGUCCAAGUGGUCAAUCAAUUCAAACUGUUGUUGUAUAUGUACCUCCAUUUCCUCAGAGCCAAAACGGUGUCUGUGGACCCACAAAUGGUGUAAGCAGCCUCGCCUGUGCCAGUGGACUGUACUGUAGUCAAAACAAUGCAAACAAUCAGCGUUGUGUUCCAAUCCGUACUACAACGUCAACUGUAUACUUUGAUGGUCCAACCUCGUCAUAUUCUACACUUCCUUAUGUUACAUCAGAUAGUACGAUCGUACUAUUUCGUCCACCAAAUACUGUUACAAGGACAACCGUUUGGAGUCAUGUGCAAAUCUCAACUUCUACUGAACCCUUACAAUCCAACCAACCAACUAGAUAUGUUGACGUAUUUACUCCAACAACGACUACAGUUCGGAGCACAUGGACCAGUACUCAAUUUUUCACUUCCACUGUUUCCCCUGAAGAAGAUGCGCCCGAAUAUACAGUAGUAAUUUAUGGUCCACCCGUUUCGUACUACACAUCGACAUCUUCAUACACUGGAAGAACCCCAACAACGUACACAAUUUCUAACAAUCCAACACAGGUUACGAUCAUUAAUGUUGAACCUAUUCCACGUACUACUGUCACCAGAGGCUGGACUUUCUCUACCACUGGAACAACGAUUUUCAAUUGUGGUGAUAUAGAGCAAGCUAAUCCAACGCAGAACGUAUUUCAUAAGAGAGAGAAUCCUUAUACUCGUGUUUGUGAUCCACUUAAUACUGUUACCACUGAAAUUACAGAAGUCGUUCAUAUCCCAUUUGUAACCUCAACAAUCAAUUAUCCAUAUCCAGGAACAACCACAAGUACCUCCCUGAGCUUAUCUGACGGAGCAUUAACAGAAACUAUCAUAAACUAUGUUCCAAAUACAGUAUGUGCUACCUCUAGCGCUUCCUGUGGUACUGUUGGAUCUCCUGGUUCUUUGGGUUCUCAAACUGCUUGUUGUCAAUUGGGAUUAAGAUGUGCUACAGAAUCUGCUAAUAUUGUUUGUGUACCGGCUUCAACUGCCAGUACGUUGGUAACUAACUAUUGGACCGAAUCUUCUACCGUAACAUCCACAUUCACAACGUAUAUCACAGGACAACCAUAUGUUGAAACUCAAGUCAUUGUGCCAAUUAUUACGGAGACACUUACAAAUACAUGGGACUCUCCUUUAACAAGAACAAUGACUACCAUUAGUGGUGACUCCACGCGAGGAACCGCAACGGUUGUCGUUGAGGUUCCAAGCUCAAGAGCCAUACAGACCUCAACAUCGUAUACUCAGUGGACCGGCAGUUUCACAAACACCUAUUCAACGUCAUUUGCAACCUCCACUGGAAGUAAUGGAAUUGCCACUGCUGAAACCAUUUACUACGUUGAAACACCGGUCGCUCACCUCAACACAACCAGUUACACCCCAUGGACAGGUACGUUCACAAGCACAUACGCAACAUCCACUGGUGUAUCCACUGGCAGCGAUGGUAUUGUAACUACUGAAACAUUCUACUAUGUCGAAACACCGGUCGCUCACCUCAACACAACCAGUUACACCCCUUGGACAGGUACUUUCACAAGCACCUACGCAACAUCUACUGGUGUUUUUACUGGCAGUGACGGUAUUGUGACUACUGAAACAUUCUACUACGUUGAAACACCAAGUGCUCAGAACAGCUCUACAGGUGCUCAAACUGCAACCACGAGCUACAUACCAUGGACAGGUACGUUCACAAGCACCUACGCAACAUCUACUGGUGUUUUUACUGGCAGUGACGGUAUUGUGACUACUGAAACAUUCUACUAUGUCGAAACACCGGUCGCUCACCUCAACACAACCAGUUACACCCCUUGGACAGGUACUUUCACAAGCACCUACGCAACAUCUACUGGUGUUUUUACUGGCAGUGACGGUAUUGUAACUACUGAAACAUUCUACUAUGUCGAAACACCGGUCGCUCACCUCAACACAACCAGUUACACACCAUGGACAGGUACUUUCACAAGCACCUACGCAACAUCUACUGGUGUUUUUACUGGCAGUGACGGUAUUGUGACUACUGAAACAUUCUACUACGUUGAAACACCAAGUGCUCAGAACAGCUCUACAGGUGCUCAAACUGCAACCACGAGCUACAUACCAUGGACAGGUACGUUCACAAGCACCUACGCAACAUCUACUGGUGUUUUUACUGGCAGUGACGGUAUUGUGACUACUGAAACAUUCUACUAUGUCGAAACACCGGUCGCUCACCUCAACACAACCAGUUACACCCCUUGGACAGGUACUUUCACAAGCACCUACGCAACAUCUACUGGUGUUUUUACUGGCAGCGAUGGUAUUGUAACUACUGAAACAUUCUACUAUGUCGAAACACCGGUCGCUCACCUCAACACAACCAGUUACACACCAUGGACAGGUACUUUCACAAGCACCUACGCAACAUCUACUGGUGUGUUAACGGGAAGCGAUGGUGUUGUUACCACUGAAACCGUCUACUAUGUUGAGACACCAUCUGGAAACGCUGUAACCACAAGUUACACACCAUGGACCGGUUCUUUCACAACCACUUACGCCACAUCCACUGAAAUCUCCACUGGCAGUGACGGUGUUGUGACCACUGAAACCGUCUACUAUGUUGAGACACCAUCUGGAAACGCUGCAACAACAAGUUACACAGCAUGGACUGGUUCUUUCACAACCACCUACUCUACUGGAUUUACAACCUUCACAGGAACUGACAAUUCAACAACAGUUGCUCCUGUAUACUAUGUCGAAACGCCAUCUGGAAACGCGGUAACAACAAGUUACACAGCAUGGACCGGUUCUUUGACAAGCACCUACGCAACUUCCACCGAAAUCUUCACUGGCAGUGACGGUGUUGUGACCACUGAAACCGUCUACUAUGUUGAGACACCAUCUGGAAACGCUGCAACAACAAGUUACACAGCAUGGACCGGUUCUUUCACAACAACCUACGCAACUUCCACAGAAAUCUUCUCUGGCAGUGACGGUGUUGUUACCACUGAAACCGUCUACUAUGUCGAGACACCAUCUGGAAACGCUGCAACAACAAGUUACACAGCAUGGACCGGUUCUUUCACAACCACCUAUGCCACAUCCACUGAUGUGUUAACGGGAAGCGAUGGUGUUGUUACCACUGAAACCGUCUACUAUGUUGAGACACCAUCUGGAAACGCUGUAACCACAAGUUACACACCAUGGACCGGUUCUUUCACAACCACUUACGCCACAUCCACUGAAAUCUCCACUGGCAGUGACGGUGUUGUUACCACUGAAACCGUCUACUAUGUUGAGACACCAUCUGGAAACGCUGCAACAACAAGUUACACAGCAUGGACUGGUUCUUUCACAACCACCUACUCUACUGGAUUUACAACCUUCACAGGAACUGACAAUUCAACAACAGUUGCUCCUGUAUACUAUGUUGAAACGCCAUCUGGAAACGCUGCAACAACAAGUUACACAGCAUGGACAGGUUCUUUCACAAGCACUUACGCCACAUCCACUGAAAUCUCCACUGGCAGUGACGGUGUUGUGACCACUGAAACCGUCUACUAUGUUGAGACACCAUCUGGAAACGCUGCAACAACAAGUUACACAGCAUGGACCGGUUCUUUCACAACAACCUACGCAACUUCCACAGAAAUCUUCUCUGGCAGUGACGGUGUUGUUACCACUGAAACCGUCUACUAUGUCGAGACACCAUCUGGAAACGCUGUAACCACAAGUUACACAGCAUGGACCGGUUCUUUCACAAGCACUUACGCCACAUCCACUGAUGUGUUAACGGGAAGCGAUGGUGUUGUUACCACUGAAACCGUCUACUAUGUUGAGACACCAUCUGGAAACGCUGUAACCACAAGUUACACACCAUGGACCGGUUCUUUGACAAGCACCUACGCAACUUCCACAGAAAUCUUCACUGGCAGUGACGGUGUUGUUACCACUGAAACUGUCUACUAUGUCGAGACACCAUCUGGAAACGCUGUAACCACAAGUUACACACCAUGGACUGGUACUUUCACAAGCACUUACGCCACAUCCACUGAUGUGUUAACGGGUAGCGAUGGCGUUGUUACCACUGAAACUUUCUACUAUGUUGAAACUCCAGGGUCAGCUUACUAUGGUAACAGUACGCAGAGUACGAUUUCAAGUACAGUUUCAACCUCCGAGGAGCCAGCAAGCUUAGUCUCAAGUACGGUAUCUACAACCCCGAAGAGCGCCACAAGUUCACCAUCGUCGGAAACCGGAGGCGAUAUUAGCACCACUCAGACAACAGUGAACUCUGACAGCUCUUCAUAUUUUGCCUCAACAGCCAGCCCAUACACAAAGUCUGGAGCAUCAAUCGCCACAAGCGGUAACAGCAAGUCUGUGGUUACUACUACUGUAAAUGGUAUGGUGACUUCAUACACUACGAUAUGCCCAGCUUCUGACAGUACCUUCAAGGAGUCUGUCAUAACAGCUAGCUCAUACUCAGGGUCUGCUGCAUCAAGUGUCACAAGUGGUAACAAUAGGUCUGUGGUUACCACUACCAUGAAUGGUAUGGUGACUUCCUACACCACGACAUGCCCAGAAUCCGACAGUGUCUCUUCUCAGUCAACAACCAUUUCCGAUAACCAUUCAGAACAUACUUCUAGUCCUAACGCUGCUUCAGAUAGUAGUGCUACUCCUGAGAAUGAAACAGCUUCCCCAGCACCAGAAAAAGCUUCAAGCAAAGGUUUUUCUGUCUAUUCAACCACACAAACUCCUCAAUUUACUAGUGAAGCUUCAAAUAGCGGAGCUCCAAAAGAAUCGGUUGCGACGACAACAUCAAAGCCAAACGGCUCGUCCAACCGUGGAAGUGAAACAUACAUACAGUCAACAUCUGUCACAGUUCCAAGAACUACCGAUUUUGCUGGCUCAACUGUGGUCUCAAACACCCUUUUGAGUGAGACCUCUGCGCCGCAGUCACCACAAACUGUCUCUCCACAGUUGAGCACUUCAACAAGAGCCCCACAAUCAUUGUCAACUCUUUCUGUUUACGAAGGUGUGGCCAACAGACUCAGAGCUGGUGUUCUAUUUGCUCUACCACUCGCGUUCCUAUAG